GCCCAGUGCACCGCUACAGAAAAUAAACGUGCUAUGAACUGACUGAUUUAUCUGCGUUUUCGAGCCCAGCAAUUAAUUCUGCUUUUGRGGGGCAGAAGCAAACAGCAAGCAGGCUGUAAAGGCAGAGCCGGGCUGAUAAUGCCGCCGUCCCUCGGUGGCCUGUGCUAGCACGCAGAGCAACCUAUUGAGCAAUCUUCUCCCGCAGGAUCCAGCGGCCCCAGCGAGGAGCAGCACCGGUGGCACCGUGGCAGGACCGAGUCGGCGGCACCUGGAGACGCAGCGGGGACCCAGAGACAAGCAGGGCAAAUACAGAAACAAUCUUCAGAGAUGUUCUCCAGAUAUUUUUCCUUCUUUGGUCUGUGUCUUUUCCUUCCAACCCAAAAGAGAUGCUCUCUGGGCCAUGGAUCCCGCUUGCAUGGCAGGGACACCACUUCCCUCCCUGGAUUUGAGAACCUCACCAUGGGAUACAACAAAUACCUCCGGCCCUACUUUGGUGGAGAACCUGUACAAAUUGCAAUGAGUCUGGACAUUGCAAGUAUUUCUAGUAUAUCUGAGAGUGACAUGGAUUACACGGCUACCAUAUCCCUGCGGCAGCGCUGGACAGACCCACGGCUCACCUUCCACGGCAACAGGAGCUUCACGCUGGACGCUCGUCUGGUGGAGUUGCUCUGGGUGCCAGACACCUACAUUGUGGAGUCAAAAAGGUCCUUCCUGCACGACGUCACUGUGGGCAACCGCCUCAUCAGGCUGUUCUCUAACGGCACUGUCUUGUACGCCUUAAGAAUUACUACUACUGUUGCCUGUAACAUGGACCUGUCAAAAUACCCUAUGGACACACAAACAUGCCGACUGCAGCUAGAAAGCUGGGGCUACGAUGAAAACGAUGUCGUCUUCACGUGGCUGCGAGGAAACGACUCCGUCCACGGCAUCGAGAAGCUGCGGCUCUCUCAGUACACGGUGCAACGCUACCACACCCUGGUGUCCAAGUCACAGCAGGAGACAGGCAGUUACCCACGACUGAUAUUAGAGUUUGAACUGAGAAGAAAUGUCCUUUACUUCAUUUUGGAGACCUAUGUGCCCUCCACUCUGCUCGUCAUGUUGUCAUGGGUUUCUUUUUGGAUCACACUGGACUCCGUGCCCGCAAGAACCUGCAUUGGAGUUACAACAGUGCUUUCUAUGACAACUCUGAUGAUUGGCUCACGAAGUUCACUUUCAAAAACCAACUGUUUCAUUAAGGCCAUUGAUGUCUAUCUUGGCAUCUGCUUCAGCUUCAUCUUUGGUGCCCUUGUGGAAUAUGCAGUGGCUCACUACAGCUCAUCACAAAAGUGURCAGCUAAAGUACCAGAAGAGGGGCCUGCAAAUGAACCAUCUAAAGAAAUGGAAGAAGUAAACAUCACCAACAUCCUCAACAAUUCCAUCACUGGCUAUAAACAGAAAAUCAGCUUCACAAGCAUUGAGAUUUCCAGUGAUAAUGUUAACUGCAGUGACUUGACCAUGAAGAGUCAUGAGAAAAUCAAAUGUGUCUUGAGAAACAAAAUGCACAGGAUUUUUGGUUAUUUCACMAUUCAGAACCCUGGCAAUGUGGACCACUACUCCAAAUUGCUUUUCCCUUUGUUUUUCAUGCUGGUCAAUGUGUUUUAUUGGGCAUAUUAUCUAUAUUUUUAGUAGAAAUUAGUUCUUCAUUCUUCUACUUCAGCAGGAGAGGAAUUGUGCCUGUGGGCAUCUAACCAUCCAACCUCAGUGAAUUUAGUGUGGACAAAAAAYUUCCUUGUGUUUCCUGAGGUACCCAGCAGAAGAGUGUGUGAAGUGUGUCAGCRUCAGCAGCACUGACAGCAGCCUGUCCAGCUGAGGGGCUGUGCUGGGCUCUUCUGCUCCUGGCUGCAUUUCAUUCCACACCUCACCUGGCUGCAGAUGGGUGUGCAGGACUGCAUGUGGCAGCUACAGAGCACUACAGAUKGCAAAAUUAUUUUGGUAUCUUGGAGAAGGUUGGAACCUUUGCGUUUAGAUGUCCCAGAGGAUCACAGCUGUUAUUGUUUGUUUGCCAGAGAUAACAGAGGGACUGUGAUUGCUCUCAAUAGCUGCUCUGUUGCCAUGAGAGUCGUCAGGCAGCAKCAGGAACAUGGUGCAGCACAGCUCAGAGUGAUGCUUCUGUGCAUGGUGCUGCUUUGUCCCGGGCGAUGCAGUGUCAGGCCGGUGAUUUUGGCACCUGUGCUGCCUUGUUGCUUUAACAUUUGUCACUCACUGAGGAAAUCCUCACUUGCUCAAGUUCUCCAUCCCCAAGACAGAGCUUGUUGUUUGUAGAGCUGCAUUUUUUUCAGAGAUUUGGGAGCAUGAGAUGGAGGCAGCAAAAACAUUUUGUAAUCCAUCACAUAUUCUUCCUGCUGUGCUGCUGYUGAACAGAAUCUACCAUUUUCCAUGUCUUCCUCACAAAUUAUUUUUUGUCCUGGAGAGUGUUUCCCUCAGCUUUCACUGCUACAAGCAGCUCUCAACUCUUGUCAGCCAAAGGCACAAGUGGUCCAUUUGUCAUCCCCUCUUUUAUGUGGCUGUGCAGUUGUGGCAAGUCAGCCGUGCUGCUGGGUGAAAAACAUGCAUGGKCUGGGGUCGGCUAGUCUAAAUCAUCCUUUCACUCUCUAUUGUAGGCUGAAACACUGUUACUUUUCUGAAGAAAUUCAUAUUCUAAGUGGGCUUUGGAAACUGCCRGAAGUCAGCUUUGUUUAUCCUGCAAUCAGCAGGAGCCACAGUUUUUUUUAAAGGUAAAUUAAAUGUGGUGCACACCAUUGCAUUAAAGAACCAAAUGCCAUUUGGUACUGUGUAGCUUAAGACUACUGGAAGUCUUCAGUUCCUGACUGUAAAAUGAACAUUUUAUGGCAGAUUCCUCCACCCCACCACCCUUUUAAGGUCUGUCCUAAGUGAGAGGGGGUAACCCUGCAGUUGAGUGGGCARAGCUGGAAUUGCCUGCAGUGCCUGCCAUUCAGCAGAGCUCUGKCUGAGUGAGGUCUCUCAGCUUGCAGCUUGUGUUGCAGACUCAGCACCCUGUGUUUGCUUAGCUCAGGAAUCCCUUCUUGGGAGUUCCUAUGGAAGGUGAGCAGAUCGCGUGAAACUAUGGAUUUUUUACUUUAAUAACUUUUUAUUGAACUAUUUCACUACACUACACUGUGAGGGAACUAACCCACUUAUUCAUAAAUCAUAGCAUUUACAAAGAGCAGAUCAAGAAGGCAAAGGGGAACAGACUGACAAUGGCAAGUGGAUAAACACAAACUCCAAUAAUGAAAUGUUGGUUUGUAUAUACUGGCAUUUAAAGUCCAUUCCAUAAAAUGUAAUAAAGUGAAUGUUUGUGAUAUGAACACAAUCCCUCAGAGAGACUCUCUACUAAAAARAAAUCAUUACCUCUUUUCUGUAUUGGUUUCUUUCUUUAAAACCCAACUAAAAUGCYCUAAUGUGUUCUACACUAGCUGCCAAAUAUUAAUGUUAACAAAAGGAAUUUCUUUGUACAAAGCCCUCCAUGAUCAUCGAGUCCCGCUGUUCCCCCAGCCCUGCCAAAGCCACUGCUAAGCCAUGUUCCCAAGUGCCACAUCCACACAGCUUUUCAAUUCAUCCAGGGAUGGUGACUCCACCACUGUCCUGGGCAGUCUGUUCCAACCCACCACCUUUCCAGGAAAGAAGUUUUCCAUAAUAUCCACCCUGCCCCUCCCCUGGCCCAGCCUGAGGCUGUUCCCUCUCCUCCUGUCCCUGUUCCCUGGAGCAGAGCCCGACCCCCCCGGCUGCCCCCUCCUGUCAGGGAGUUGUGCAGAGCCACA